CCUCGGCAUGUGUACAAGCUGCAAUAAGCCACCGGCCCUCUCUCGGCGGAAGACCGCGUCCCAGCGACACCUCGUCUCUGCUCUCGCCUUACUCACUUAAUUUAAGUGCCAUGGAGGAAUUAAGUAGUUGACGUUUCCUGUAACCUUCUCUUUUUAAGCUUUCUUCCCGUCUGAUCAUCGUAUUCUUGAACCGGUUUUUAUUGACGUUUUUUGGACUCUCAACACACUUCUCGUGCCCACCUCUUUGACCAUCUGAAAUCAUGAAGUACAUCAUCGGCAUCGGCGGCGUAACCAACGGAGGGAAAACCACCCUCACGAACAGGCUGAUCAAGAACCUGCCCAACUGUUGUGUUGUGCACCAGGAUGACUUCUUCAAGCCCCAAGAUCAGAUUGAAGUUGGUGAAGAUGGCUUUAAGCAGUACGAUGUCAUUUCUGCCCUGGACAUGGACGCCAUGAUGUGUACCAUCAAUGCAUGGUUGGACAACCCGGUGAAGUUUGAGAAGUCUCAUGGCGUCAAUAACACCCUGGAUGCUGAGAUUGUCCCGAAGUCUGACAGUGGGGACGAGGAGACUCACAUCCUUAUUGUUGAGGGCUUUCUGCUUUACACCUACGGACCUUUGAUCGACGUGCUCAACCAACGUUACUUUAUUUCCAUCCCGUACGAAGAAUGCAAAAAGAGGAGGUGCUCAAGGAACUACUCUGUGCCAGACCCCCCCGGCCUGUUCGAGGGCCACGUCUGGCCCAUGUAUUUGAAACACAAGAACAUCAUGGAGUCAUCAGAUGUCGACGUCUUGCAGCUUGAUGGAACCAAGUCAAAGGAACAGCUGUUCAACUUUGUCUACGGCGACAUCCUGAACAACAUGCAGUCUUUUUAACAAAGCUCAAAGGAGGACGUACUCGGCCUGCAAGCAGGACACCGCCUUGCCUCAAGUUUCUACCUGGCAGCUCAUCCAGCUGACUGCCACGAUUUAAAAAAAAACAAACUGAUGGUAUCAAAUGCUGGCUUGUUUAUAUCAACUAUAUUUAUUGCUUUUGUUAUAGCAAACACUCGAACGAGUUGAAAUGUCAAUCUGUCAAUAAAUAGUUGUCCUGCCAA